ACAUAUUACCAUCCAAAGGUUAUUCCAUCAUGAAAUAAAAAUUAGUUUUUUAAUUAUGUAGUAUAAGGUUGUAUAUGUUUAAUUUUGGGGGUAAAUAAAUUCCAUUAAUCCAUUCACAAUGUCAUGCUCUUCCAGAGGUUUUUGUAAGAUUAUUGGGUAGUUUCUCUGCCUACAAGAUAUUAUCACAGGUGCUUGGUUUACUUUUGCAGUUCUCAAAACUGAAUUUGACUCAGCAGAGAUCACAUGCCUCUUCUUCACAGCAAAAAUGUUAUAACAUGAACAGAGUUGAGAAAAAGACCUUAAUCCUAUUGUUCUACAAACCUAUGAAUACAGAAGCAACCCCUUCAGUGCUAAGUUUCAAGAAGUUCAGUGAAUAGAAUAGAAACAAUAUUUUUCUGAUUGUUUGGAGUGGACAGUAUUUAAGUUUUUCAUGUGUAGGCUGGGCUGACAGUCUAAGUUUCUUAAAAUAUAUAUAUUUUGUUUUUGUUUAGCCAAAUUAGUUAACAAACAUGGAUGUUUGUUUAAGCAAAUAACAUUUGCUGAAAUGUUAUUGUUUCAGUUGAAUAAAUCUAUUUAAAUUGUUAUUAUUAAGGUAAUGAUUAUUUUUCUCCUUCCUAAGUACAACAGUAAAGUUGUCCAAAUAUGAAUGAUUAACCUAUUAAACUGGGGAUAAAAAAACUAAUAUGAAAAGUUGUUAUUCUAAAAAUCUUCAUCUACUUGCAUAUUAAAGUUAUACCAGCAAGAAUUAGUCUUUAUGAUUUAAAUCAACUAUGAUUUAAAUCAAGCCUUACUGACUAGUGAUUUAAAUCGUGAUUUAAAUCGUGAUUUAAAUCAGUUUGAUUUAAAUCAAAUCCACCCUGUCAAGGAGAAGGAAGUCUCUGAUCCCAAACUUCCUCUGCCUUGCGGGGUAUAUUUGGGAAGAGAAAGGGCUAAGGAGUAAACCCUACACAAAUCUGGAGUGGAGUUUCUAAGCAUAGCUGUCAACCCUCCCUUUUUUUGCGGGAAACUCCCUUAUUCCGUUUCCCGCUGCUAUCCUGGAUUGUUAGAUAUACCGUAGACUGUCCCCGGGACAGGUGAGGCUGCUGCUGAUCCCUUAUUUUCAAAUCCGAAAGUUGACAGCUAUGUUUCCAAGAUGGUUGGAUAACGCCUUGGAUGCCUCCUUCCGACAACUCCUGCAGCCCAGCUGGUGCCAGAUGUAUUGCUCUGCUUUCCUUUGGACCACAUCAGUGAAGCCAAGGGGUCUCUGUGUGUCAUCAUCUGCACAGCCCAGGACCCCCCUACACACCGCCCAGGUUUGCUCCCCAGGGAGGUCACUUCAGCACUGCUCACACAGCAGUUUGACUUCACCCCCGGAGGCGCACUCCAUUGUCUCUAGAGACAGACGGGUGCCAACAACAGUCCAAUCAGGAGACCCCGGCAAAAUGGAGUCACUAUUGCUACUACUAGGCCCGUUGCCGGUGGUUACCAGGCUGGUGUCAUAAUUCUUCAGGGCCUCAAUGGGCACCUCCAGCUGUGCUGGAAAAAAAACCAAUCAGGCCAGUGACAUGUCUGAAAUUUUUUUGAGGAUCUGUGACAGGGGCCCUUGCCAUAAGGCCACCCAGAAGCCAAAGACCCUGAUGGCCCGAGAAGGGGGCACCUCCGAAGCCAUGACCUCAGCCCCACUCCAGCCCCUGCUCCCUGAGAACAGCGUGCUUCUGCCACGACCUCCAUCCCAAAAUGCAGCAAAAGCGGAACCUGAGAGAAUGACUAAAGGCCCGAAGGGACCUUCGGCGCUGAGUCAGAAAGAAUGCCCACUGAAUAAGGAAACUGCUCCCCACUCUCGGAGGGGUCUGAACCUAGUAUGGAAGAGAGUGUGCUGUGGGGAUGAAUCAGAGAGGGGCCGAGUGAGACGUCCGGAAAAUAAUGCGACGGGGAAAGCCAACCGUCCCUGGGGGACCAUCCCCAAAGGCUUUGGGGGUUGUGUCCCCCAACCUCCUUGUUCUUACGAUAAGCAACUGGCAAGAAUGUCUAAAAGCCUGGUGGCGAAGCCAGGGGGCCUACUCCACGCACCCCAUGUGCAAGCCAAAGGAGACCAAGCGGGGGUGCCCACCAGGGCCCCCCCUGGCACAUUCAGGGCAGGAGUUGUAGGGUUGAGAAGAAGCAAAAAGCCGCCUCGCCAGACCUCCUUCUUCAAAGGGACUGCCUUAGCUGCUGCACAUGGAAACAUGGAUGUCAAAAGGAAGAGCAACCAUAGAUUGGCCAGGCCGCCAUCUCCCAAUCUGGAUGACCUGGAGCUUGGGGACUUGAUUGAAAUUUUCCGCUUUGGAUACCAGCACUGGGCCAUCUACGUGGGGAACGGCUUUGUGAUUCACCUGGCUCCACCAUCUGAAUAUGCAGGAGCAGGCUGUGCUAGCAUCAUGUCCACCCUAACUGACAAGGCGCUGGUGAAGAAGGAGCUGCUACAGGAGGUGGCAGGGAAGCACCGCUACCGGGUGAAUAACAAGCACGACACAAAGUUCCCGCCACUGCCCAAGACCAAGAUCAUCCAGCGGGCUGAGGAGAUGGUGGGCCAAAUGCUGCAGUACAAAGUCACCAGCGAAAACUGCGAACACUUCGUCACCGAGCUGCGCUAUGGUGUGCCCAGGAGUGAUCAGGUCCGAGAUGCCUUGGUGGGAGUUAGCAUCGCAGGGCUGGGUUUGGCAGCCCUGGGACUCUUUGGAGCUGCCGUGGUCAAGAGGAAGAAACAACAGAACCAAUAACAGAACCAAUAACAGAGACUCUGAGAUUUCCGUGCUCCCUUGGUUUUUUCUUUUUCAGGUUUUGUGUUCUUUGAACAAUUACCUCUUUGGGGAAACAAACAAAAAAGCAAGCAAAAUAGUUGCUCCCAUUUUGGGCCACAGCCUUGAACGCCCUCUCCUUGUUGAGAGUGGCUUCCAUCUCUCUGAGUCCCAAGUCUAAAGCAAUUCUUCACAGCCUCCCUGGAGUGGAAAAUUGGAAUGCUGCAUGCUGCCUUUAGACUAUUGGUCCAUCUAGCUCAGCACUACCCAUGCAGAUGGGCUGCACCUCUCCAGGGUUUCGGACUGGAGAAUAGGGAUGUAGGAGGGCAUCCCUUCCUGUAUUCGUCAACUGCAGCGCUGUCUCUGUUCUACCGCAGUUUGCCCUCUGCCCCAAACAAACGUCAUUCAUGCCGCCUGCUGUGGCAAAAUUACAUAAUUUGCAUCAUUUACGUAAUUAAUUGUGUAAGUUACGUUGUCAUUGCAUUAUUCCAUUCCAUUCAUUUCAGUGCAAAGGAAACACAAUCCAAAAGGAGGGGAACAGUGUGAUCCAUUGGGUAUUGAUUGCAGACUGAAUGCAACAGCAAAUGCCAAUCAUACUGAUUUCUGUUCUGGGCACGGGACGAAUAAGCAAACACUGGCAAUUUCUGCUCCCGCCUUCCGUUUUUGUUGGAAUUUCCUGACAUCCCUACUGGAUACAUUUCCAGGCCUACCUGGAGAUGCCUGGGAUUGAACCUGAGACUUCCUACAUGCCAAGCAGUUGCUCUACCACUGAGCUUUGACGGCCCUUCCCCAAAAGAUGGGUGGGGACUCUUCCUCCUUUGGGGCAUGAGCCUCCACAGGCUGU